AUUAAACCAAUUUCAUGUUCAAUUUGAUAAUCUUGAAUGAUUUUGGUUUGAUUUGAAAACAUGGACGGACUUCACAGGACCUUCAUGUAUGUCUAUGGCUCAAGUCUGACAGCUUUCAAUUGCAAGGCUGUCACUGUUUUCAUUUUGUAUUUAUGCAUGUUACAUGAUCAAACAUACAUACUGUUGCCCCAAUUUUAGCCUCUCAUGCAACUCUCUGUUCUUGAGAGUUGUUGCGAUCGUUAUUAGUAGUUUAGCUUUUGUUUGAGGAGAGUAGAGGAAUCUUCCUUCUCAGUACCAUUACACUCAGACAGUAAAGCAAUUGAUUUUAUGUUAUUUAGACUCAAUGAAUUCCUUUUGUUAUGUUUCACAAAUUUCACUAUUAUAGUAUCAUUUGUGGUUAUAAAUUUAUUCUGAAUCAUUGUUGUCAACUACUUCAUGCAACUGCCUUCGCUCCUUAACUUAUGGACCAUAACAGAGGGGCCUCCAUGCUUGGGCAACCUCUCGUUGUCUUUUCAGAUUUGCUCUCUGGGACAAAUUUGAGUGAUAAAAUACAGAUAUUAGAAAGAAGAUGAUGUGAUUUAUACACCUAUCUAUGUUUUAAUUCAGAUUUUUCCUUGGCGUAUGUUUUUUUAAAUCAAUUUGAGGGAUUCACUCUGGUGGAUUCACUUUAACGAAGGGCUUCUGCUCAAAUCAUCAGCUAUAGAAUCUCUGUACAAUGGCCAAUUCACAUUAUCAACUCAGCUUAUACCUGUAUAUAAAAGCUAAAAUUAAUGAUUUUGUAAUACCCCCACCAAUGCAGCACCACAGUCUCUUGAGAAACUUGCCAGCUUUAUUCAUUUUUUUUCAGAUUAAGUUUAAUUAAUGUAUUGAGUUAGCAACAAAGGAAAACAAAGACAAACUGAUUUGAACAAAUUCAACUAAGAUUUUAGGCUGAUCUUGAUUGUUUUAUUGGGUUCGAUAUAGUUGAUCACUUAUGGGUAAACAAAGGUUGAACUGCAUUGAAAGAAUAGUGAAGAGUGAUUGUGCAUCACCUCUGGGAUUGAAAGGCUUGGAAGAACAGGCGACGAGUGCUUCUGCAAAAGCUACCGAAUCUGCUCAGGAGGUCCAGCAUUUACAGGCACUACUCUCAGUAAAAGAAGAAACAGUUGCACAACUACAAGAAGAGCUGGAAAAUGAGAAACAAAAGCGACUCAUCCGUGAAAGGGAAGUGGAAGAAAAAGCUGCUCAUAUAAAGAGUUGGAUGCAUAAGAAGAUUUCAGAGUAUGAGGAGAAGUUAGAAGAACUGAAUAAAGAAAAUGACCAUUUAAAAAGGUCUCACAAGCAAGCCAUGGAUGUCGUCAAGGAAAUUGAGACAAAGCUCAGCUUUUCCCAAGAUCAAGUAUUGAGAUUAUCCCAUGAACUCGCAGACAUCCAGUCGCAGUCUCCCGACUAUUAUGAGCUAGAACCAGAAACCAACCAAGGAGAAUCUGGUUUUCAAUCAUAUCUAACUGAAGACACUGUGUGCAAUGAGUCACCAGUAAAUUCAUUAGGCUCAGGAUGUACCACACCGACGCCCAUGUCACCAGAUGAACUCGUUAAAACACCAACUAAUGAUGAUGAUAGGGACGAUUCUAGUGCUUUCAUAUCAGAUCAAGCUGCAGAAAUUAAAAUUAAGAGAACAUCAAGUGGAAAAUCUCCAUCAAAAAUUCCUCGAUUUAUUGGGACUGUAGAGGAUCAGAGAGCCGCUCAGAUAUCAUAUUAUAUGUCACUCAAAAGGGGAAUGAGGAGUCCAGGAGGUUCUCGAGCAAAAUUUUUUAUACAAAUACAAGACUCACAUAAUCCCUACAUGCAGUUAACUCCUUUAGAGAGAAUGUCACAGAGAAAACAAUUUGAUAGCCAGUCGACAAUAGAUUCAGAAAUAGAUGACAGUUCCUUUGAAACUUAUGUACAACCUGUUGAACCUGGUGUUCAUGGAGAAGAAUUUCAUGCAAGGCUUGGUGAGCUAGUGACUCUACAAUUGGAGAAUGGAAGUUUAACUCCAAGUGUUUCACAAAAUGAACAAGAAUCUUUGUCUGAUAGUAGAUCUUCUUUGGGUUACUCUACAGAAGAUGCCUCUACGGCUAAUCCAAUUUAUCAAACUCUUGAACCAGAGCCAGACUCUGUAAGAACUUGCACAGAUUCAGCUGUGGCGAGGAAACCCUUGGUAGAUAGUGGUGUGCCUCUAUCUCCCCCUCCGCCACCAGUCCCUCCCCGCUUUGAACUAGAAAAUGUUGCACCUCCACCUGUUCCACCUGUGCCAAGAACAAACAAAGAAGAACAAAUGCAAGAUGUCACUAGGUUGAAGGGAAAUUUUACUAGUUACUUAUCAGAAACAGACCUACCAAAUGGCAAUGCCCCUGAAGGUAAUAAAGUGGACAUCGCUGCAGUUUUGUUGCCAUCAAACAGAACUGAUUCUUGGAUGUGGAAUGAUAACUCAGCUGGUUCAGAUACACCACCAUUUGGGACACUCGAGACACGGACUAAAAAUCUCAACAUGUUAACGGAACAAAGCUGUCCUGUUUACACAACACUGAAAGGGAGAGCUUCUCAGAUUCGAAACACACCUUUUUCUGGAGAAUCAACAGACUCUUCUGAUGAUGAAAGCUCAGCAGGAGACUAUUGUACUCCACCAGAUGAAUUGGGAGCAACUGAAGAACACCAUAACUUCAAACAGGACACGGAUGAGCUUCUUGAAGAAACCAAGCGUGUUUUAAAAACCUGUGCCACAUACACAACUGUCAGCUUGAAAAAGGAAAAUCAAAGAAAGGAAGGUUACCUUACUAAACUAGGAGGCCGUGUGAAGAACUGGAAGAAAAGAUGGUUUGUCCUCCAUGACGGCAAUCUAUACUACUACAAAACAGAGAAUGAUGUCAAUAGGAAACCCUUGGGUCAAAUUCCAUUGGAUGGAAGCUGCAGAAUUGCACGGACUGAUGGUGAACUUACAAUUGAAGUUGCCACUCCUAAAAGGACUUUUUACUUGACUGGUGAGACAACAGAGGUUGUGGAUAGCUGGCUCAGAGUUCUUCAUAAUGUCAUGAGGAAGUUUUCAAGCACUCCAUUAUUUGCCCAAGUUAAGGACAAAGAAAUAGUGAAAGGUUGGCUCACAAAGGUGAAGCAUGGCUCUUCCAAAAAGUGUUGGAGUGUUCUUCGUGGUCAGUACCUCUGUUAUUAUAAGAGUGACGAUGAUUCGGUGCCAUUUAGCAUGACUCAUAUGAUUGACGUGGUAGUUGAGGAGUUGGAGUCACCCGACUCAGAGGACGGGACCUUGAACACUGAUGAAGUUCCGUAUCGCCACUUCACUUUGGUGAUGAAGUCCCUUAAACAACCUUCCACUACAUACCUGUUGAUUGAUUCAAUGGAAGAAAAGGAUUCAUGGCUGUUCCAUCUAAAAGUAGCAUCAGGUAGUGGUAUCGAUGACAUGGGAACAGAAUUCGAGAAAAGCAUCUACCAACUCAUUGUUGAAGAUUGUGAUCCAGAGAGUGAGAUAUGGAACAGCUAUGUGUUGACGCAUAGUAAAGAUCCGAUCAUUGAACCACUCACAACUCUGCCAUCCAAGGAACUAGGAGCUGAGGCUUUGAAACUCUUCAAGUCCAUCCACUUGUUCACCACGGUACAGACACAGGAAGCAGCCAUUGACUAUCACGUGUCACUAGCCCAGAAUGCCUUGCAGACAUGUCUUGAUAACCCAGAACUUCAGAACGAGAUUUACUGUCAGCUGAUUAAACAAACAUCAAAACACGUGCACAGGGGACCUGAGGAUCUUGGGCACUUCUUGGAACAUUGUGGAAAGUCUUCAUGGCUCAGAGAAGACUCGUUUGACAUCGCUUCACAAGCAACAAUCGACUUACGUCCAGUGCAAGAGUUCGUUUAUAUUCAAGCCUGGCAACUGUUAUCGCUGUGUACAGCUCUAUUUGUCCCUAAAAAGAAAUUCCUUCUCUUCCUUAGGGGACAUCUGAAUAGAACGUCUACUUUCAAGACAAAACUUGGCAAAUACGCAACUUAUUGUAUCCGGAGCUUAGAAAGAAGUUUACAAAAUGGGAAACGAGAAGCCAGACCGUCGAGACUGGAGGUUCUCUCCAUCUUGCUGCGGAAACCCUAUGAUCAUUCAUGUUUGAUGAGCAUUCCAGUGCACUUUUUUGAUGGAUCUAGUCAAGUAUUUGGUUUUGAUGGUUCUACCACUAUUCAAGAGUUUUCGGAGACAAUCAAUAGAAUGGUUGGCAUUCGCUCGUCCUCGGAAAGUGGAUAUGCACUCUUCACGGAUAAUCCUGUUAAUUUAGUAGAACACUGUUUACAAGUCAAAGUCAAGCUGUGUGAUGUGAUUUCAAAAUGGGAACAGGCGUUACGAAGUCAAAGCCAAGGAAAACUGGACACUAGUAGAAUGAUCAAACUCACCUACAAGAACAGGUUACAUUUCAAGAGCCUCAGCAGCGGGGAAACAGAGAAAGAAAAGUACUUCCUUGUACUCCAGACAAAUGAUAGCAUCGUCAAGGGUCGAUUUCCUGUCAGCAAAGAGAUGGCUUUAGAGUUCGCAGCCCUCAUGGCUCAGAUCUCUUAUGGAGACUACAGAGCUCAAAGCAAUUCACUUCCGAGCAAGAGAAUUGUGAACGUUAUCACCAAGUUUUGUGCUAAAACACUACGGGAAGACACCAGCAAAAGGGCAUUGACACUGCGCAUGGCCGAGAAAUGGUCGACGCUGCACGGUUGGAGCGUGAAAGAGUGUGUGGACAAAUAUCUCGAAAAUGCCCGGCGAUGGCCGUUUUUCGGAUGCAAGCUCUUCCAAGCGCAGCAAAAACAUACAGUUUCCGCUGCAAAGAAACGCACUGCGCCUGUGAGCAAUACCCAGCCAGUCUGGCUGGCAGUUGAAGAGGAUUGUAUUAAUCUCCUGGAAGGAAACAGCUUGCGCUUGAUGUGCCGCUACAGAUACAAGCACGUAGUGACGUUUGGCGGGUGGAAAGAAGACUUCAUGUUAGUUGUGAACCAGUCUAUCAUGCGCGGCGGAAACACGGUGGAGCAGGGUACCCAAAGACUGCUCUUUGUCAUGCCCAGAGCAAAGAUUUUGGAAAUUACACUCCUCAUGGCGAGUUACAUCAAUGCCAUAGUCAGACAGAAAGGUAUCACAUGUGAUGCCCCUGGUACAGGGACUGCCACUGGACAGGCGGUGGACGUUAAGGUUUGGGAUCUAGAGAGUGCCGAGUGGCCAAUGGUUCCAGGCUCCACCGUUGGACUACUAUGAUGUCACUGUUCCAUUACAUUAGUGUAGUUUGUGUUUUAGUUAGUGUGUAUCUUGGGUUUUGAGUCGUAAAUACUAGUUAUUUCUGAAUAUGUAUGCCAAAAAAGGGCAAAGCUGAUUGAAAUAGUUCCUAAAAAUUCAAAUUCCUUCGUAAAGUAAAUGUAACAAGAGGUUAAACGUCGAUCCGUGAUAAAUACCCAUGGUGCUUUCAUAACUGGGUUGGAAUGUUCGUCAAUGUGAUAAUUUUCUCUCCCUGAUAAAAGUUUCUACUUUUCUUCAUCGUCGAUGUGUUGGCGUAAUGCCAUGAACAUUUUACUUAGUUAUACAUCUCGUAAAUAAUUGAAAAUUUUAAAAAAAGCCUGAGGUUAAGUUGUCCUGUACGGACCGUAAGUAAAAUAAUUGUUGGAGCCAAGCUCAGUGUAUAUAUUUGUCAGAUGUGUUGAUGAUAACGGUUACUUGACGAGCGGGCGGUGGAUAGGAGAUGGUGGAUAUCUAAGCGUGUGCCUUGUCGUCCCUAACAUAUCUCUUAUUCAACAACCGCGAAUGAAAUAACUGUUUUACAAAAAUACCCAAAGAAGUAUCUCAAAAUCUUAUAUCUGGAAAGAGGUCCAUGAUAUACAUUAGCUCGGACACCCUGCAAUGUGGACCAGUGAAACUCAUUUGGCUUUUUGUCAUCAAAUGACAAGGGCUUGUAACAGGAUUCAGGUAUUUCUUUGAGGCAUGUCAAGUAAAUUUUGAUCUCAUUCAUCUAAAAGGGAGCCUUAAUCAAACUGAUGUACAGUUCUUUGCUUGAUUGUUUUUAGAGCUAGACAAAUUUUCUGAAAGAGUAGAAUGUGGCAAAGAAGCGCUAUAUUCCCAGUGAAGGUUACUUGUAACGUUUGGCUUAAUCGAGAGAAAGAAUAUAAUAUGAGUGUGUUAGUUCAUAUUAGUUUGACGAUUUCUAUUUGAAGAGAAAAAAGCUAGUAAAACUCGAUGUAUUAAGUAUGGUCGGCGAAGAAUGUAAAAUGUCGAUGAUAGAAAAAUAAGACUAUCUAACCUUAAAAAUCUGGUGUGAUAGGACAAUGGUCCAUGCAGAUUUAUCAAAGAAUUUGGAACAAAAAUGUUUAUAUACAACAAAGGAGUAAUAAAAGCUGUUUCUUGCUCAAUAA